GAUUCACAUUAUUUAACUGAAUAACAAUGAUAACACUUACCCUUUAAUUAUUCCAUUCCACCUAAUCCAAUCUCCUAUCUAAGCCUCUACGCUUCACUCCCUCUCUCGCAUGAAACCCUUUGAUGUCAUCGGUGACUUGCAUUAUUUCUCACCCUCUCGCCGAUUGGGAAACUCACUUCUUUUUCCUGUAGGAGAUAUUGUACAUACAGAACCAAUCAUCGUCUCCCUGUUUCUUCAUUCUUCCAAAAUUUCGACCUUGUAUCCCAAAGUACACACCCAUCAAAGAAAAAGACGCUUGCGUUUGAAAUACUCAUCCUGCGCUGUUUCUCUUCUUCUGGGAAUGAAGGAUACAGAAUUGAGAAUACCCAUCAGGGAAUAAGCCUUAAAUUCGGAAAAUUACCUCUUCUUUCUUUCCGGGGGGGGGGGGGGGGGGGGUGUUUGGGGGUAAUUUUUUUAUAAUGGAAUUGGAUACAAUUGAAAGUAUGCCAUCCUCGGAUUUGACAGAUGAGGAUGAGAUCCAUCCCCACCAUAUUCAAUUCCCUUCACUUCCAAAGCCUCAAAGCAAUAACAAUAUCAACAUCAGCAACACUAAUAGUGUUUCCUCAGCUAUUCAGUCCAUCAGUGUCCAUGAGUUGCUUGAGUGCCCUGUUUGUACCAAUUCUAUGUAUCCUCCAAUUCAUCAGUGCCACAAUGGGCAUACUCUUUGUUCAACUUGUAAAACAAGGGUGCAUAACCGAUGCCCCACUUGUAGACAAGAACUUGGUGACAUUAGAUGCCUUGCAUUGGAGAAAGUAGCUGAAUCACUUGAACUGCCUUGCAAAUACAUGUCACUUGGAUGCCCAGAGAUUUUUCCUUACUACAGUAAACUCAAACAUGAAGCUCUAUGUAACUUCAGGCCAUACAACUGUCCAUAUGCUGGAUCUGAGUGUGUUGUUGUUGGGGAUAUCCCAUUCCUUGUUGCUCAUCUGAGGGAUGAUCACAAAGUAGACAUGCAUUCUGGAUGCACUUUCAACCAUCGCUAUGUUAAGUCUAAUCCUCGUGAAGUAGAAAAUGCAACAUGGAUGUUAACUGUUUUCCACUGUUUUGGUCAGUACUUCUGUCUGCAUUUUGAAGCGUUCCAGCUAGGGAUGGGACCUGUUUAUAUGGCAUUCCUUCGUUUCAUGGGAGAUGAGACAGAAGCCCGUAAUUACAGCUACAGCCUGGAGGUAGGGGGAAAUGGCCGGAAACUGAUAUGGGAAGGGACACCACGAAGCAUUAGAGAUAGUCACAGGAAAGUUAGAGAUAGCCAUGAUGGCCUCAUUAUACAGAGGAACAUGGCGCUUUUCUUCUCUGGAGGGGAUAGAAAAGAGCUAAAGCUUAGAGUGACAGGGCGCAUAUGGAAAGAACAGCAGAACCCUGAAGGUGGGGCUUGCAUACCCAAUCUCUGCAGUUAGUGUGUUGCCUCUUUUGUAUUGUUAUCAUAUUCAGAUGUCUUGGGAAUCCGUACAUAUGACUUUCGGAGGCAUGAGCUCUAUAAAUUGUCAAUAAACUAUGACGAAGUUACUCUGGCUUUGUUGUGAAUCUAUCAUUAUGGCACCUGCAUCUA